AGAGGCCCAGGACGCCGGCGUGUCCAGGUACAUGUGUAGGGAGGGGCUCAAAGCUCAGCUACCAGGAAGAUUCUGCUGGGGACACCUGGAGACAGGGCUCAGGAUCUGCCACCUGUCAGCUGCUGCUCACUGAUACCUACCUGGAGCAAUGGCUGUCCCCUGGACCUUCAGCCUCCUCUGUGGUCUGCUGGCUGCCACCUUGGCUGAAGCCACCCUCAGCCCUCCCGCAGUCCUUAACCUCGGCCCAGAAGUCAUCAAGGAAAAGCUGACCCAGAAGCUGGAGGACCACAAUGUGACCACCAUCCUACAGCAGCUGCCACUGCUCAGUGCUAUGCAUGAUAAUUCAGCCUGGGGGGUCCCACUGCUGGGCAACCUGGUGAACAGCAUCCUGAAAUACAUCAUCUGGCUGAGGGUCACCUCUGCCAGCAUCCUCCAGCUGCAAGUCCAACCCUCACCCUAUUACCAAGAGAUGAUGGUCAGGAUCCCCGUGAACAUGGUGGCUGGACUCAACACGCCCCUGAUUAAGACCAUCGUGGAGUUCCACAUGGAGUCUGAAGCCCACGCCCUGAUCAGGGUGGAGAAGAGCAACAGCAUCCCCAGCCGCCUCGUUCUCAGCGAUUGUUCCAGCAGCGACAGCAGCCUACGCAUCCGCCUGCUGCACAGGCUCUCCUUCUUGGUCAACUCCCUAGCGAAAAAAAUCAUGAACCUCCUGAUGCCAGCCCUGCCCCAACUAGUGAAAACAGAGCUGUGUCCUGUGAUCAAGGCUGCCUUUGAUGACAUGUUUGCGGACUUCCUGCGGCUAGCAAGGGCAGUGCCCAUCCCCCUCAGUCCUGGAGGCCUGGAGUUUGAGCCCCUGUCUCUCAUCAUUGAAGAAAAUUUCAUCCAGCUUGAUCUAGGGGCCAAGGUGCUGGACUCAAAGGGCAGGGUGACUGCAAAGUUCAACAACUCAGAGAUGCCUCUGACCGUGCCUGCCCUGGGCAACAAAGCCUUCUGCUUCGCCGUGCGGCAGGAUGUGGUAAAUGCUGUGGUGGCCGCCCUGCUGCCUUCGGAAAAACUUGUGAUCCCGCUGCAUUAUGUGCUUCCAGAUGUGGCCCGUGAGCUGAAGUCAAGCCUUGAGAUGAUCAGUAAACAGGCUGCAAACAGGCUGGAUGGCACCCAGAUAGUGAAGAUAGUAACUCAGGACGUUCCCUACCUCGACCUGACCCCGCCCAGCACCACGGCAGCCCAGCAAAUCGUCAUGGAUAUUUCUGCCUCAGAAAAAGACCUCCAUCCCCUCUUCACCGUGGGCAUUGAAACCAAAUCAAAAGUGCAGUUUUACAGUGAAGGUGACCGUCUUAUGUUCAACUUCAAUGGCAUCAGUUCUGAUAGGAUCCAACUUAUGAACUCCGAUAUUGGCAUAUUCAACCCCGAACUUUUGAAAAAUGUCAUCACCAUGAUCCUCACUGCAGAGCUGCUGCCAAACCAGAACAGCAAACUGAGAACUGGAAUCCCUGUGUCAAUCAUGAAAGCCUUGGGGUAUGAGACAGCUAGCUGGUCUUCGGCCAAGAAGGAAGAAUGAACAGUGAGAAAGACACGAGCUGAAGCCAGGCUGAGGGAGAAAGGGUGACAGCAGUUGGGUGUUCCUUACAUGAUUCCUUCAACUCUGCUUGAAAAUGGUUGCUGUAACAUCAGAGCAGAUCUAAUAGGGCACAGUCCUCCUUGUCACACCUGGUUUUAAAGAAAAAAAAAAGCAGGCUUGUUAAAACUUUGGCUACUUAGGCCCCCACAGAUACAGACAGCAAUUUGCGUUUUAUAAAGCCUCCUGGCGAGUUUCAGUUGUGGGCUGGGGUUGGGGACAGCAAUCCUGCACAAUCCACCCACCACACACAGGUAGUACACCUGUGCCUCAGCCACUGCAGGGCGCUGUGCAGACCUCUGUGCCUUCCAAGAAUUCAGCAUGAGGGACUGCAAUGUUACGACCACCCCCAAGGCCUGUGGUCACCUUGCGGGGGACAAAGCCAGCAUAAAGCAUAGCAAGGCAGGAAGUUAAAACAAA